AUGGGAACCAAAGAGGUGAGGUCCCCCAGCCCUUCCCUAGGUCACCAGGGGAACCAAAGAGGAGAAAGCCACCACCGUCCCCACCCACUCCGCAGCGACACACACCACCGCUGUCUCGAGAAUAUUUGUUCACAAAGCUGCUGUCCUAGAGGUGGAAGACAGCACAGUUCGGGUCCUAAAUCAAUAAUCAGGCCAGGCUGGGCGGGAGCCAGGCGAUCUGAGCCCAAUGCUCCUCAGGGGUUGCAGCGGAGAGCAUGGAAUUUUCCACCGGUGGGCAGACCCGCACAGCCGCAUCCCAUUGGCGGAGCGAGGUGGCGUCGCUGUGAGGAUGCGGAGAUAGAUUCUGGAUCAGACCACAGACUGAAGUGGGAACCCACCCCAGGUCCACCAUGCAGAAAAGAGGCGGAGGAUGCUGGAGACAAUCAUUCACUCAAACCAAGGACUCCCUGCUGGGGACCUCCCGUCACACCUACCACUCCAUCCAGUCCCAACCUUCCUCAUCCACUAUCAAUCUGUUGGCUCCUGAAAACACAGAGGGAAGGUUGCCUGGCUCAACAGGAACUGUCUCCAAAGGCAGCCAUUCCUGUCUCUAUGGCUACAGGUGUUCCUACGCAAACGUCCAAAGUGGGAGGGCAGAAGACGGAGGAAGGCUGGAGAAUUUGCACAUCAGUCUUGUGGCUGUUGAAGCCCACCAAGAAUUUCUCCUUUGUACCUCCUAGAAAGCGGCCAAAGACUCCGGGAGCCUCCUUCCUGAUCUCUGAACAUGAUAUGUAUCUCUGCUUCCCUAAACUCCUCCUGCUCAGAGGUGGCAGUUUUGGUCUAGGUGUGGACCCUCAUGUCCCUGCCCUGGACCACGACUCUUACUUGGAGGUUCUUCAGUCCAUCUCCAUCCCCGAGUCAGGCCUGAUGUAUGGUCUGCAGACAGUAAUUAGUCUUUUGAUGACUGAGGCCAUGAAGCACAAGAGAGAAUGGGAAACCCUACAGAAUAUGCAGGUGCAUUCUCUGCUGAGGCAGCUGGGUGACUCUGAGUGA